UCCGAGCGACGUCAGGAGGAUGGAAGUAGGCGCGAUGUAAUUUCCGGUGGUGUCCUGCCUCUUGCAUCAGCUGCACCAGGACAGGACGGGAUGGAGAGAGGCGAGGCUUUCUGCUAUGAUGAGCUUCUUCAUAUAGGACCUGACCAGAGAGGCAUGGAGGCUUUAAAUGAUUUUCUUGCUACGCGAAGUUACAUCGAUGGUUUCGUAUUUUCACAAGCUGAUGUUGAAAUAUUCCAGUCAAUACAAAAACCACCUCUUGAUCAGUACUUCCACGUGGUGCGGUGGUACAGGCACAUUACAGCAAUUUGGGAUUGUACCCAAGAUGAUGCCAAGACCUGUAGUGUCCACACAUCUAAAAUGAAGAGAUCCCAACCACCUUGGUCUCCACCAACAGAAGUGAAACAACCUGAGCUACGACUGUACAACAGUUUAACGCGUAGCAAGGAGAUCUUCCGUCCUCAGAAUGGGAAAAAUGUGUUGUGGUAUUGUUGUGGCCCUACCGUUUAUGAUGCUUCCCACAUGGGACAUGCCAGGUCCUAUAUCUCCUUUGACAUCCUGCGAAGGAUCCUAAUGAAUUACUUCAAAUAUGAUGUUUUUUAUUGUAUGAACAUUACUGAUGUGGAUGACAAGAUUAUUAAACGAGCCAGGCAAAAUCACCUAUUUGAUAAGUAUAGGGAGAAGAAUCUGGCUCCUACACCGCUUUUGCAAGAUAUCAAGGCUGCUCUGAAGCCUUUCACUGUGAAACUUGCUGAAACCACGGAUCCUGACAAGAAACAGAUGCUAGAAAGGAUAAAUCACACGGUUUUGUCAUCCCUUAAAAUCCUCGAGGAUAUGAUACAACAGGCAUUUCCCAAAGGGGAAAUUACCCAACAAGCCCAGGUGCUGUUAGUUGAAGCAAAGGAUAUAUUGUCUGAUUGGCUGGAUGUUCAAUUUGGUAGUCAAGUGACUGACAAUACCAUCUUCUCAAAGCUUCCCAAGUACUGGGAAGGAGAAUAUCAUAAAGAUAUGGAUGAACUCAAUGUUCUGCCUGCAGAUGUUUUAACUCGAGUGAGUGAGUACAUUCCAGAGAUUGUACAGUUUGUCCAGCAGGUGGUCGACAAUCACUAUGGGUAUAUCUCCAAUGGUUCUGUCUACUUUGACACAGUGAAAUUUGACAGCAAUGAAAAACAUUCAUAUGCCAAACUGGUACCAGAGGCUGUUGGAGACCAGCAAGCACUACACGAAGGAGAAGGUGAUCUCAGUAUUUCAGCUGACCGGCUCAGUGAGAAGCGAUCUCCCAAUGAUUUUGCUCUGUGGAAGGCCUCUAAGCCUGGCGAACCAUCCUGGGAUUCACCCUGGGGAAAGGGACGUCCUGGUUGGCACAUUGAAUGCUCAGCAAUGGCGGGUACAAUUCUGGGAGAAUCCAUGGACAUUCAUGGGGGAGGGUUUGACUUAAGGUUUCCUCACCAUGACAAUGAGUUGGCACAGUCUGAGGCAUAUUUUGAAAAUGACCACUGGGUUCGAUACUUCCUCCACACUGGGCACCUAACCAUAGCAGGCUGCAAGAUGUCAAAAUCUUUAAAAAAUUUUAUAACUAUCAAGGAAGCACUGAAUGCAAAUACAAGUCGGCAAUUGCGUUUGGCAUUCCUCAUGCAUACCUGGAAAGAUACGUUGGAUUAUUCCAGUAAUACCAUGGAAUCUGCAAUUCAAUAUGAGAAGUUCUUGAAUGAGUUCUUCUUGAAUGUCAAAGAUAUUUUACGAACUCCAACAGAUUUCACAGGACAGUUUGAGAAGUGGGAAGAGAAGGAGGUGGCACUCAAUAAACGUUUUUAUGAGAAGAAAGCAGCUGUGCACAGAGCACUGUGCGACAACGUAGACACCCGCACGGUGAUCGAGGAGCUGCGCACCCUUGUGAGCCAGUGCAACACAUACAUUGCAGCAAAGAAGAGCAACAAGGAGUUGCCAAACCGCAUGCUGCUGAGAACCAUUGCUACCUACCUCACAGAGAUACUGAAGAUUUUUGGAGCAAUAGAGGGUGAAGAACCCAUUGGGUUCCCUGUUAGAGGAGAUGGUCAGAAUUUGAAUCUGGAAACCACAGUGAUGCCUUACCUGAAGGUAUUAUCAGAUUUUCGUGAAGGUGUCCGACAAAUAGCCCGCGAGAAGAAAGUUAGUGAGGUUCUGCAGCUGUGUGAUGGUCUUCGAGAUGAUAUCCUUCCUGAACUUGGAGUCCGCUUUGAGGACCAUGAAGGGCUGUGCACUGUGGUGAAGCUAGUGGACAGAGAGACAUUGCUGAGGGAGCGAGAAGAGAAGAAAAAGAUUGAAGAAGCAAAAAUCAGGAAGAAGGAAGAGGCAACUCAGAAAAAAAGAGAACUUGAAGCAGUGAAACUAGCAAAGAUGAAAAUUCCACCCAGCGAGAUGUUCCGAUUAGAAAAAGAAAAGUAUUCCAAGUUUGAUGAAAAUGGAUUUCCAACCCAUGAUACUGAGGGUAAGGAACUCAGUAAAGGACAGUCCAAAAAACUUAGGAAACUUUAUGAAACACAGGAGAAGUUGUACAACGAAUAUGUGCAGACACUGCAGAAUGGCAGUACCAGCUAAACACAUAACCAGGACUGUGUUUCCAAGGGGCAAAAAAAGCACAAGAAUGGUGGGAAUAAAUAAAUAAAAGAGACUUUGUUUACCCUUGGCGAUGAGAGGUGCCAUGACGAAUCGACUGAUGGAUGUAAAUAAAACUGAGGUUCUGAACAGUUAACUUUGAUCUUGUUCAAUGAAGAAUUAAAUGAGAAUGAUGAGAGACUGAAUGGCAUAGUGUGUUAGGCACUUGCUGUUUACAUUAAGGACUGGCAUUUAAUCCAUUCUGGGUUGAUUUAACUCGAUGAUUUUUUGGGGCAAACCAAGUGCUGUUUAAUUCAGUCCCUAAUAGGAGGUUCUCGUUAAACAGUAAUUGGUGGCAUCAUUUAAGCCAAAGACUGGCUGGUAUGGAAACUACACUGUGUUUGGGGUGCCCCCAGAGAUUGGUUCUAAACAGAGGGAUCAGUGAUGUACUCACCAAGCUGCAAAUAACAUAAUAAAUAAGAUAAUGUCGCUAAAAAGCGAAGUAAUUUUGAGCAAUAUCAUUCAACUUGAUCAGUACAAAGUUCACAAAAGUUAUUUUGUGAACAAAAUAUGUAACAAAAUCAUUAAAUAAAGCAGUUUGGGGUCAAAAACA